AUGACCGACCGCGAAGUUCAGGUUGAUGUUCGGCCUGAAAACUCCCCAAAGGUCCAACCCGACGACCCGCAGGAGGACUUUAUUAACGACUCCGAUCAAUUAACAGUCGGUGUUUCAGAGGUGGAGUCGCUGUUAAUGCUGGCCGACGUCGCUCUGGCGCCCCCUUGUGGUGGUCAAGUGACCUGCAGCAUCCAGUCCAUCCCGUCCAUCCACCUGCAGCUCCAGCUGCUGCUGGACGAGGCCAAUCACCUGCACGACCGUCUCCUCACUGGGCAGGACCAUGUAGAAAGAGAGGCUCUUGCUGCUGCGGUUUUAACCCUCCUGCACACCUGUCAGCCCUUCUUUAACCACCUGGAAUCAGCAGCCAGGGGCACCAUGUCUGCGUACAACCAUCCAAAUGAGAUGUCUUACAAGAAUCUUCUCUUUGUGUGUCUGCAGCUGCUGGACGUGUCGCAGCAGCUGAGCGACCGGCUGGAGCAGCUGGUCCUGGCGUACGCCAGCGCAGACCUGCUCUGUCUGGACGAGACGCAGCCCCACAGCGUGUCCCACUUCUGCGUGGGCCGCUGUCGUCUGGACCGGCUGAGACUGACGGCGUUCCGGUACUGCCAGCCCACGCCGUUCCUGGCCCGGGCCGACACCGGCCUGUUCAAGCGCAUGCGCUGGAACGUGGAGCACCUCGGGGGGGAGCACCCCGGGGAGAUGGUGCUGCACACCGAGUACUUCUUCCUGUGCUACGAGGACCUGGUCCCGGCCGAGGGCGGAGCGCUGGAGAGGAUGUGGUCCGUGGGCCAGUGGGUGCAGGUGACCCCCGACCCCGGAGAGGACGACCUGGCCGACUGGAUUUCCUGCGUGGUUCCUCACGCCGACUACCGGAGACUCCUGCUGCUGGGACACGACGAGCCGAGCAGCGUCAGCGCCACCGACCUGCUGCAGCAGCUGCUGCUGGGCGGCUGGUAG